GGUCUGCGCGCUGGAACCUCGGCGUGAGCGCCCCGGGAAGAUGGAGCAGCCGCCGCCCGCGCCGCCGCCGCCCGGGGCUCCCCCGUACCCGUGGGGCCAGCAGCAGCUCCAGCCACUGGCGCCCGGUCCCCCGGCGCGCGAGGCCCGGGAGCCACGGACGAGGACGCCCCGGAGGGUGUAGACCGCGCCCCAGGAGAUAGCGAUGAUCUUCAAAAUGAAGACUCUGGAAAAUUUUAGGUUCUCUAUAGGAACUACGGAAGUUGAAGGAAAGAAGAUUUUCAAAAGGAAAUUGUUUUGAAAGUAUGUUUACAACUAACUGAUACUGUUGACAGUUGUUUUUUUUUUUCUUUUUUUUAAAUAAUAAAACACUUUAAGAAAAUUGUAUUUAUGGUAAAAGGAAACUGGACUAACAAUGAGGCCAAAGACUUUUCCUGCCACAACUUAUUCUGGAAAUAGCCGCCAGCGACUGCAGGAGAUUCGAGAGGGCUUAAAGCAGCCGUCCAAGUCUUCCACUCAGGGGCUGCCUGUGGGACCAAACAGUGAUGCUUCCCUGGCCACCAAAGUCGUGGGGGGCAAGGAUGCUGCCAGGCAACAGCAACAGAUGAGAGCUACCCCAAAGUUCGGACCUUAUCAGAAAGCUUUGAGAGAAAUCCGAUACUCCCUGUUGCCUUUUGCUAAUGAAUCCAGCACUUCCGCAGCAGCAGAAGUAAACCGACAGAUGCUGCAGGAACUGGUGAACGCGGGAUGUGACCAGGAGAUGGCAGGCAGGGCUCUGAAGCAGACCGGGAGCCGGAGCAUUGAAGCCGCUCUGGAGUACAUCAGCAAGAUGGGCUACCUGGACCCGAGGAACGAGCAGAUCGUGCGAGUCAUUAAGCAGACCUCGCCAGGAAAGGGCAUCACACCAGCCCCCGUGCCAAGGAGGCCAAGCUUUGAAGGAACAGGCGAGCCUUUCCCACCCUACCAUCAGAUGAGUGGGGCAGUCUACGAGGGCAGCAGCACGCUGGAGGAGGUACCUCGUCAGUAUAUGGACUUUCUUUUCGCUGGAAGCACUCACAGCGUGCCUGGUGGCCAUCAGCACCAGCCCAAAGGCUAUGCCGCAAACAUGGAGGCUGCAGGGAUGAACUUCCCAGUGGCCAGCCCCGGGGGCCAACCCCUCCCACUGCAAGGUCCCCACUACAGGCCACACGUGCUGGUACCUGGGGAGCCACUGGGCUAUGGCAUCCAGCGUAGCCCCUCCUUCCAAAACAAGGAGGCAGGAGCAUACGCAAACCUUGCUGCCAAGGGCCCAGCCGUGCAGCCGGGGGCCAGCCAUGCAUUUCCACCCACGGGAGGGGCCACAGGGCUGUACAUGCCCCACCCGCACCACAAACAGGCCCACCAAAUGCACAUGAUGGGCUCCCGGGGCCAGGUGUUCACAAGCGACAGCCCCCCGCAGAGUCUGAUCACACCCUCCAGAAACAGCCUCAACGUGGACCUUUAUGACAUGAGCAGCCCUCCUGUCCAGCAGUGGCAGUCCUCUACCCUGUCCCGCCGUGACUCCCUUCAGAAGCCGGGCCUGGAGGCACCCCCCCGCCAGCACGUGGCAUUCCUGCCUGAAGGCCCCAUCCCCAGCAGAACCAACUCUUUCAACAACCACCAGCAGCCAGUGGCCGUGCCCAUCCGAGCAGGAGUGCCCAGCAAGACGGAGCCUUCCAUGCCCUCCCCCAACACCAUCACGGCUGUGACGGCCGCCCACAUCCUGCACCCAGUGAAGAGUGUGAGGGUAAUGCGGCCCGAGCCCCAGACAGCUGUGGGGCCCUCCCAUCCAGCCUGGGUGCCUGCGCCCAGCCCAGGGGUGGAGAGUCUGGACUCCAAGGAUGAGCACCCUCUGCCCCUGGGGGGCGCCAGUGCAUACCCGCUGGACGUUGACUAUGGCAGCCCAGACCUGAGGUGCCCUCCCCCACCGUACCCCAAGCAUUUGCUGCUCCGGAGUAAGUCAGAGCAGUAUGACAUGGACAGCCUGUGUGUGGGCAUGGAGCAGAGCCUCCGAGGCAGCCAGGCUGCCGAGCCUGCCGAGAGGAGUGACAAGAGCCACAAAAAUGCCAAAGGGGAGAAAGUGGGGAAGGAUAAAAAGCAGAUUCAGACCUCUCCUGUUCCUGUUCGGAAAAACAGCAGAGAUGAAGAGAAGAGGGAAUCUCGCAUCAAGAGCUACUCGCCGUAUGCGUUUAAGUUCUUCAUGGAGCAGCACGUGGAAAAUGUCAUAAAAACCUACCAGCAGAAGGUCAACCGGAGGUUGCAGCUAGAACAGGAAAUGGCAAAAGCUGGACUCUGUGAAGCUGAGCAGGAACAGAUGAGGAAGAUCCUCUACCAGAAGGAGUCUAAUUACAACAGGCUGAAGAGGGCCAAAAUGGACAAGUCCAUGUUCGUGAAAAUCAAAACCCUGGGGAUUGGUGCCUUUGGAGAAGUAUGCCUUGCUUGUAAGGUGGACACUCAUGCCCUGUAUGCCAUGAAGACGCUGAGGAAGAAGGAUGUCCUGAACCGAAAUCAGGUGGCUCAUGUCAAGGCUGAGAGGGACAUCCUGGCCGAGGCGGACAACGAGUGGGUGGUCAAACUCUACUACUCGUUCCAAGACAAGGACAGCCUGUACUUUGUGAUGGACUAUAUCCCUGGGGGAGACAUGAUGAGCCUGCUGAUCCGGAUGGAGGUCUUCCCUGAGCACCUGGCCCGCUUCUACAUUGCCGAGUUGACUCUGGCCAUUGAGAGUGUCCACAAGAUGGGCUUUAUCCACCGAGACAUUAAGCCAGACAACAUUUUGAUAGAUCUUGAUGGUCACAUCAAACUGACAGAUUUUGGCCUCUGCACCGGGUUCAGGUGGACUCACAAUUCCAAAUACUACCAGAAAGGGAGCCACAUCAGACAGGACAGCAUGGAACCCAGCGACCUCUGGGAUGACGUGUCUAAUUGUCGAUGUGGAGACAGGCUGAAGACUCUGGAGCAGAGAGCCAGGAAGCAGCACCAGAGGUGUCUGGCACACUCCCUGGUUGGGACCCCAAAUUACAUUGCGCCGGAAGUGCUCCUCCGAAAAGGAUACACUCAGCUCUGUGACUGGUGGAGUGUUGGUGUGAUUCUCUUUGAGAUGCUGGUGGGGCAGCCGCCCUUUUUGGCCCCUACUCCCACAGAAACGCAACUGAAGGUCAUAAACUGGGAGAACACGCUCCACAUUCCAGCCCAGGUCAAGCUGAGCCCCGAGGCCCGGGACCUCAUCACCAAAUUGUGCUGCGCAGCCGACCACCGGCUGGGGAGGAAUGGGGCCGACGACCUGAAGGCUCAUCCAUUCUUCAGGGCCAUUGAUUUCUCGAGUGACAUCCGGAAGCAGCCCGCCCCCUAUGUCCCCAAGAUCAGCCACCCUAUGGACACCUCAAAUUUUGACCCUGUAGAUGAAGAAAGCCCUUGGAACGAUGCUAGUGAAGAUAGCACGAAGGCCUGGGACACACUCACCUCUCCAAAUAACAAACACCCUGAGCAUGCAUUUUAUGAGUUCACUUUCCGAAGGUUCUUUGAUGACAAUGGCUAUCCCUUUAGGUGCCCAAAGCCUUCAGGAGCAGAUGCUUCACAGGCUGAGGACUCUGAUUUGGAAAAUUCUGAUAUGGCGGAUCAGACUGAAGGUUGCCAGCCAGUGUACGUGUAGACAGUGACUUGGAGUCCCUGACACUCUGCUUCUUCAGAGGUCCAGGGGGCCCAAAGCUGGUUUCUUAACAGGCCUGAUUGAGAGUCGAGGUCUUCUUUGUUCAAGUUAGUCCAUUGGUUACUUCACUUGAAGUUCUGAUCUUCAUCAAAAACCCCCAAAACAAACAAAAAAGCUUUUUUAUAAAGGACUCAAGUCUAGCAGAUUCUGGUUGGUGGGGGUGGGGGACAGGUGUCAACAUUGCGUUGAACUGAAAUUGGCUUUUGAGGACCUUCACUGCAUUAAAACAAUAUUUUUAAAAAUUUAGUACAGUUUAGAAAGAGCACUUAUUUUGUUUAUAGCCAUUUUUCUUACUAAAUUAUAGGGAUUAACUUUGACAAAUCAUGCUGCUGUUAUUUUCUACAUUUGUAUUUUAUCCAUAGCACUUACUCACAUUUAGGAAAAGACAUAAAAACUGAAGAACAUGUGAUAAGAAAUCUCUGUGCAAUAAUGUGUAAAAAAAAAAAAAAAAGGUAACACUGUUCUGAUAUUACUGAUACCAUUUUAUUCACACAGUGGUUUUUGUUUUAUAUUUUUUCCCACAUUUCAAAAUUGUGAUAUAAUGUUAAAAGCUGCUUUUUCUUUCUUUCUUUUUUUUUUUUUUUCUUUUUUUGCUUUUUGCAUAUGAUAGUAUACUAGGAAGCGUGAGCAAGGUGAUUAUGUGGGUGUGAUUUCAGAUGUCUGGUGUGUAGAGAGUACUGCAUGAGCAGGGUUUUUCUAUUAUAAAAUUACCAUAUCUUGCCAUUCACAGCAGGUUCUGUGAAUAUGUUUUUACUGAGUAUCUUUAAAUGAGAUGUUCUAGACAGUUUGCUGAUAACGUAUCGUGUGGGUGACUUCUUUGCUAUGAUUGUAUCCCUUAUUGUUUUGUCAAAGAAAUGCAGAUGUGUAACUGAGAAGUGAUUUUUGUGUGUGCGUCUUGGGUAUGAUUGGAUUCUUUGGGGGGUAAACUUAAAUAUUUGUCAUAUACUAAACUUGUAUACAUCAAAAGGGAUUAAUUUAGCUAUGCCAAAAAAUAUUAAGUUAAUCAUCGAACUCUGUCCAUUUUGCUAGUCAGUAUACUCUCAUUGGCAUAGCUGAUAAGUGGAACCCUGUGGCCACGGCCCGGCUGCCAGGACAUUGCCCGCACUGAACAGUUUGCGUGGUGUCAUUCCUCCUGUCAUUGUAGACAAGGGAGGUGUUAUGACCAUGAUGAAAUUUAAUUCUUUCACUUUUUUUUUUUUUGGUGUGCUUUGAAGUAUCAAUCUUAACUUGGUUUUAAAAAUAUACUUUUCUAAUCUUUGUAAAACAGCAAGGAUUAUUCAAAAUGACAUUGGAAUAAAAAAAUAAGCCAUACAUAUUUUCUUAGAAGUGUAGAUGUAUAUAUAACUACAUAGAUAAACACACAAAAUUUUCCUUAUUUCAAAUUAGUAUGAUUCCUAUUUAAAGUGAUUUAUUUCUCAGUAAAAAGUUCAAUUCUUUUUUGCUUUUUAAAAAUCUGAUGCGUCAUAUUUUUCAUUAUGUUAUUCCACAUAUUUUUCCUUGAAUUUUUUAGCAUAAUGUAUCCAUUAUUUAGUAUAUAUCUAGGCAACAACACUUACAAGUUUAUCAAUGUCUAAACUAAGAAAAAACAAAAAAAAAACAAUUACUGUGUACUGGUUUACAUUUGUAUGAAUGGCAAAUUCUGAAGUCUGCUGUGCUUGUAUCGUGACUGUCAGUAUUUUCGCUAUUUUAUAGUAACGCCCUGUUAUUUACAGCGCUCUGACAUACUUUCAUGUGGUAGGUUCUUUCUCAGGAACUCAAUUUAACUAUUAUUUAUUGAUAUAUCAUUGCCUUUGAAAAGCUUCUACUGGCACAAUUUAUUAUUAAAAGUUUGAAUCCAAA